AUGUCUGAUUCCGAGGAUCCCCUCGACGUCGUCGACGAGGGCGGCGACGACCUCUUUGGAGACGAGGACGAGGAGGCAGCCUCGCCCCAGGAGCGCGUUCAAGAAGACGAUGACCUCGCCUCGGACGCCGGCGAGGACGAUGACGGCGACGCGCGGCGUGGCGGCUAUUACGAUUCGGAGCCUCAGGAGACACGGAAUAGGGUCGUGAUCGAGGAGCAAACGUACCGCCACCGGAUCCCCAAGGCCUCGGACGACAUGCUGCGAGUACUGCGGGUACCCAAGUUCAUCAAGUUCAUGCCCGAAAUCUAUACACCCGACACCUUUGAGCCCUCCGAGUUCGACGUCGCAAAUGCAAAGUCCGAGCAGCCCCAGCACGUCGCCCGAGUCCGACGAGACCCGACCACGGGCGGCCUCAAGAGCAACUCCAACGUCUAUCGAUGGAGCGACGGCUCCGUCACCAUCUCCGUUGGCGGCGAGCACUACGAGAUCUCCAAAAAGUCACUCGCAACGGCCCCGGGUCAGCCCUACAACGAGCUGCACGACGGGCAUUACUACGCCGCCGCCGCCGAGCUUAGUAGCAACAUGCUCAUGACGGUCGGCCACCUCAUGGAGCAGUACAACGUCAAGCCCAACAAGGCUGUCGGAGACGACGCCCUGACCCUCUUCGCCGAGCGCAUGGCCCUGGCCAGCAAGGGCGUCAAGGGCGAGGACAUGAUCAUCCGCACCACCAAAGACCCCGAGCUGCAGAAGAAGAACGCCGAGCUCGCCGAAAAGGAGAGGCUCAAGGCCCAGCGGCGGCGCGACAACGCGGCGGCCAAGAUGGACGGCCCGGGACGGUCCGGCCGCGGCGGCCUGUCCAUCGGCGACCUCGAGGGUCGCGCCGGCUCAGGACGGAAGAGGGGUGCCGCGGGCGCCGCCAAGCCGAAGCGUCGCCGGCCCGAGUACGACUCGGACGACGACUUGCCGCAGGGCGUGGGCCGGCACGAGGACUACGACAUGGACGACGGGUUCCUCGUGGGCAGCGACGAGGAAGAGGAGGUGGAGAGCGGAGCCGAGGACGAGGAGGAGGAAAUCCUCGAGGAGGACGACGACCGCCACCGCCGCCGAAACAAGAGGCAGCGAACGGCGGAGCCCGACGAGGACGAGGACGCCGAGGGCGACGAGGUCGAGCCCGAGGCGUCGAGCCGCGCGAGGAGACGAAACGUCAUCGACGAGGACGAGGACGAAUAG